AUGGCGGCAGCGAGCGAGGACCUGUCGUUGGCCAGGCGCAUUGACAACGCCACGCUCGCCGACGUCGCGCGCAUGCUCCCGCGCCUCGAAGAUGUCGCUGCUCUCAUGCAUGCGUGGCCGCCAUCGGAGCUGCCACCGGCUCUCACGGCGCUCAACGAGCUCAGUGAGGCCAUGGACUGCAUCGGGCACUGGCCAAGCCUGCAUUGCUACGCGGUCCCAAAGGCGUCUUUCGACCUUGGCGUCGCAGCCCUCCCAGUCUAUGUGCAUGCCAACAUCGAUCAACUGCCGGUGGAGCGCCGGCUGUAUGUCGCUCUGCCGCCGACGAUCUCAAUUUCCGAGAUCGUCUGCGUUCGGCAUGGCGAGGUGCGAGCGCAUCACAAGCGUCCGCAUUCUCAAGCGCACGUCGAGGACACGGAUGCACACAUCCAUGACUGUAUCUGCCCCAAUGUGCGCAAAGCCAUGGUUGUCAACUUGCGAAACAUGGUCGUUGCCGACAUGUGCAUGGCCCAUGACAUGUGCAUGGCCGCCGUCAUGCACGCACACAAGAGUGUGCACAAUGGCUCCAAGCACCGUUCGCUCGCAAGCUGCGCCUGCACUGCAACCGCGACGACAACAGCGUCGCUGGCCGAAGCGAUUGCGACGUCGCGAGGUCUCGGAUCCCUCUUCCUCGAAUGA